UGAGCGAAAAUCAAUGACGUAAAAGAGCCAUGCUCAACUUGUAAAACCCUUUGACUGUACGCGCGUUUCUUUUCUCUUCCAUUCCCUGCAAAAUUGUUGUCUAGUUUCUGGUUUCUGUACGACGGUGCAAAUAGGUUGAAUACCCUUACAUCAAAAAAUGCAUCAUUUUAAUUGCUUUCCUUUUGAUAAUUACACUGUUGAAAAGGAAAUCAAACGAAAUCGAAGAGAUCUGCUAGAUGAGAUAUUUUCUGGAUGGGAAUUUUAGUCUGUUUAAGGGUGUGCUCGAUACAUUUACAAUUUCUUAGAACCCCCAUUUGGAUUCUUAAUUUGCUGGCUAAGGUAUCUAAGGGCUCGUAAAUCUCUCGUCAGUUCUUGCUCUAGGCGGGUAAAUAAAAAAUGUACCGUAUAAGGUUUGCAUGUUACAAAUUUUUGUUUUGGUGGUUUUAGGUUGUGAUUCUCCUCUUAAAACCAGCUAAAAACAUGAUCCAAGCUCUCUAUAACCAAAGUUUGGUUUCUUAGUGGGCAAUUUUCAUCCCAUCGUGUAUUUUAUGAUAUCAGCUGCUGAAAAAGACAGGAUUAAGAAACCACCACGAACGUUGUACUCGGCUCCAGUCCUUUUCCACAGUUCAUACACCUUGUCUCCAUGAAACUACUGUUAACGAAGGAUCUCAUCUAAAAAUUUCUCCUAAAUGCUAUUUUGGGAGCGGGGCACUAGGUCGAAGUCCUAGCAUUAAAGUUGAAUUAUUAUAAUACUUUCUUUAUGGCAAAGAACCAAAUGUACCGAAGUUGGAAUAUCGACCGAGACUGGUAACCUCGUUUUGAUGCAGUUCUCUAUCAUAAAAAGAUGGCGUUGUAGUUUAAUCCAGAAAAGAAAAACAUUGGCCGAAAAAAAGGUUAUGCUGUAACGAUAAUACUGUUCGGAAAGUUCAAAUGAAUAAUCAUUAUUGAAAAAAACAAGGUCCAAGCAUUGCCUAGGGUCAAGACAUUGCUUAGCUGCCACUUUUCUGACUAGACUGGGAUUAAGAUCAAAUUAUCAUGUGAGUCAUAUUUGAUUAAAGAAGAAAUGGAUGCGGUUUCUACAACACAUGAUUAUCAACAAUCUGAGCAUCCAAAAGCUAAUGACCCUGCAGACUGUUUAGCCUCUUUGCAAGUGUUAACAUCAAGUAUAUCUUCAGUGCCAAAGCCUCCGGUAAUUGAUGUUAAAAAAGGUGUUAAACCAUCAACCAAAAGAGGAAGAAAGAAGAAGCUCCCAUUGAAGGUUUCACAAAAGCCAAUUUUACCAAAAGUUUUUGCCAUUCAAAUAUCUCCACAGUCGAGUGUAAUUGCACCUGUUACUACAAUUGUGAAAACAAAUGCCUUUCCAAACACAGCAAAGAAUGUUGUUACCCCUGUCAGUUAUCACAUUACUGGAGCUAGUGGAGUUCAAAUUGCAAAAACAGUGUCACUAGACAGGGCACAAGGGCCUAAGGUGCAAGAAAUUGGAGGAAGAAAAGUACAAGAUGAGGGGACACACCAUGGCAGCAUUUUUGCAGAAAACAGAGGACAACAAUUUGAAUCAGGAGGCUUUGUCAUGAGAAGCGGAGGCUUGCAACGGGGUAAUCGGAAGAGACUUGUUCAUAAUGCAGCGGAGAAGAAACGAAAAGAAAGAAUAAACGGAUGGAUUUCGAAAAUCGCAAGUGUUCUUUUCAAGUACUAUCCAGAGAAGCAGCACAAGAUUUAUAUACUCGAAAAGGCAUAUGAUUUCAUUGCGGAGAAAACACAGCUGCAUCAAGAGGAAAAAGAAAGACAGGAUGCAUAUACCCAAUCUGAUGCAAGACAGGAGAGUACAGUGCAAGAGCUUGUUUGCAAAAUAGCUGAUCUUGAAAAUCUAGUUGAUGUCCUUUUGAAAGUUAUGCGAAAAUAUAAAAUACCUGCUCCAUCAUCUUUAUUUAAUUCGACCUACGUGAAAGCAAAGUUCGAUUUCCUUAACCCUGGUACUGUAUCUGUUGGCCAAGUAGACGAAAACGGGAUUUUGUUGAACAAAUAUAGCAGCUCAGCUAGCGAUCAACAGCACCUGAUUCCUUGUUCCACAGGAAAUUCUAGCUUUCCAAGUGAUCAGAUGAUCAUUGAGUUGAACGAGCCCCACAUGGAAUCGAACAGCAAUGCGACCCUGUCAAUUCAAACACAUGUCCCUAACGAAGAGCAAGAAACACUAACGGUUGUCAGUGAGUCCUUGAAUUUAGCGUCAGCUUCAAGUACUCAGGCAAGUUUUCCUGUUGCAGAGACCUAUAUGAGUGUAACUAAAAAGCCAAUUAUCAGCGGAAGAGAAGCUGUAGCCGCAACCUUAGGUUCAGUUUUCUCCACAGAUCAACCAAUAGCGGUAGACCAGAAUGGUCAAGUUGCAAUGGUAAGCCACUCUCGACUCAUUUUGCCUGCUGAUUUACCUCUUUUAAAUGCCAGCUCAGUUACAAGAACAAGAUGUAUUAAUAAAUCUACCUUGGCCGAACACAUGACCGAAAAAGGCUCUAGCCUAUCAAAUGAUUAUUCCGUUGCGGUUGAUAGCGCUAUACACGUGAACAGUAACAAUGCCGGAAAUAUCUCGAAGCAAGCCAUGCCAGACUGCAUGACAGCUACUUCAUGUAACGCCGAAAAUAAGCGCACAAACAAAGACACAGUUUCAAAAGCACCUUCGAUGGAAAGCCAAAUGUUUGUUAUUAAGAAUCUUGUGCAGCCGAAGACCAAAGCAGUGCUUAAUGGCAAUGCUUUGUCAUUUAUUACAUCAGGGCCUAUGCCUGUCCUCGAAAAUAAUGAAGAUUCAUCGGUAAGUGCAGCAACAAGCAAAAACGUUUAUUUACCCCGUACUCAUUGCGAUACAUCUGCUUUGUCCAGCAAUCGUAGUAUUGUUAGUAUGCCUGUCAUUGCAGGCUCCGGCGAGCGUCUGUUGCAAUCGGAUCUAAACGGAAUUAGUGCAAUAACUAGCUCUUUUGUUCGAAUCGAGAAUGCUUCAGCUAUUUCAUCCCAGCAGCUAUAUUUAGCAAGGUCAAGUCACACUAAUGUCGUAACGAAGAACGUGGGUCCACAAAUAGUUUCCGCUGUAGGCAAUGUUGUAACGCAGGUGGUGAAUAAGACCCAAAGAUCACAAACUGUACAUUGUGCCUCUGAAGGUGACAAAAAUAUCAGUAUUCCUGUUCCCUGUCAGCAAGAUGGUUCUGCUGCUAGUCAGGUCGGAGUAACAAGCACCCAGACUUGUCAUACUGUAACAAGCUUGUUAGGCAAUGUUGUGACAUCACCAACUGAGAAUUCGGCACUGUCUAUUGAAGCCAUACUAGCCGAUAGACCAAAGAUACAGCAAAAAAUAGUUUCCCAACACACACAAAACAACAAGCGUGUAAAACAAGUGGAGCCAAAAGGCCAGCCACCUUCGUCCUCGGCAAUUUCAAAAGCUGAAACGACUAGUCGUAAGCGACUCUCUUCGUCAAAGUCGCAGACUAGACAAUUAACAACGCAGUCGUCCAUGUCGUCCAUACGAAGCGCUGGUUUACACAAUACCUUUUCUUUGGCAAAACCGCCUGCCAAAAGACUAAGAAAGAGCACAAACCAAAAUCAAGGCAGAAAUGAAGUCGACUUCGACAUCGUCAGCUCUACAGUGCAGUCUUCUGCAACCAUUUUUAAUACCAAAGCUUCUUUGAAUAUGGUAAGGGUUGAAGAAUCGCCUCCAACCAGACGACAGACUGGUAAAAUCAAUGACAAUGCUUCCAAAUCUAUUCAAAGCAGAAGCGGCUUACCAAAAGCACAUAAUUUCGUUUCUUUGGCAAAAAGAGAUCCGAGGGGAGAGAGUAACAUAAACAACAAUAGUAACCUAGGCCACUUCUCUGCUGAAUCCUUACUACGUAGCAACAAUCCUUCAAAUACACAAGUGUUUUCAGGUGAUACCGAACAAGAUGGCAAUUUGCCUACUAUUCUCAACAUCUUUUCCCCGGCUUCUGUAGGAAAUAUGGUAACACAAUUACCAUUGUCAAAUUCAAAAAAUCCACAACACUUGACAAAUAAUUCCAACUUGCCUACUAUCCAAUCAACUUUCUCGAACUUUUCAGCCGAAACCCUUAUUGGCGGUACUAUUGAAAACCAGUCUGUCAAUUCCGUUGUUAAUCCCAACGACGGUACCCUCGUUCAACAAGAACAGCAGAAUCUAUUCACUGAUUUCUCAACUGAUGCUUUGCUUGCCGGGACGGAAUCGAGUCUCUCAUACGGUAUUGAUAAUAUCAUGAGUCGUAAUGACGUAGUAACCUCCAGCUCAUGCAUAAGCCCAAGCUGGCUUCAGACUGGCGCGUUUAUCGAUAGUAGCCCAAUAAGGGGCAAUUUUAACCCCGGUUUUAGUUUCUUGGAUACACCGAACGGCCCCCAAGGGUAUCCAGCCUCCGGACAAGCUGCAAACUUCAGCACACCGAUAAAAUGGCGACCAGACGUAUUGAGAAAUGAUGAUCAAAUCUACAAUAACAUGCCUUCAUCAAUACCUGUUGCAGGCCCUUGGAGCCAAAAUAUCAUGACGACACCCCAAAAAACAGCACGUGGUACACAGGCUAAAGAUGGUCAAAGAAAUAAAGUGUCCAAGAGCCAGUCAAGUAAUAAAAGAGGCCCAAGUUUUGGGGAUUUUCUUCUGGUAGAUUCAGUAUCUUGAUUCCUUAACUUGUUGACGUUUUGUUUCAGCCAGACCAUCUUUAGCAGAAUUUUUUCUUUAGAUUCGCAAGGUUGUUCGUAAGGUUAUAUCGGGGCAUCAUUAGUGGUGGCGCCAAGACUGCUAUUAGGGCUGAUUACUUCCAACUCUUGUCAAGAUAUGAUUCACAUGUUUCUUCUAAAAAACGAAUUAGAAUUGGGGAAAAUAACUUCUGGUAUAUAGCACUGAAAUGAUGUUGAAAGUUGGGGGUCUAAAGAGUUUCUCAUGGCCUACACCCAUAACCCCUCUCACUCUGGAAGUAGUGCGUGCCUCCCCUGGGUACCAAGAACAGAGGAGAAUUUUUAGCUUUUGUGGUAGCAGCCUUCGGUAGGCGCCCGGUUGCAUUUGCUGGUAUUUGUCAUGUGUGUAAGAUAUACAUCCAAUAUCUGUUUCCAGAAUACAAUGUUUUUAAUAGUCUCUUACCAAAUUCUAGAAUAUAGGCAUAAUUCCAUUCCUUAAAGUUGAAAAUUUUGAUGAAAAUAAAUUAAGAUUUAAAGUUGAAACCCGGUAUAAUGGUUUUUCUAGCGAAAUAGCUAUUCAUUCCCUGGGAGGUGAGAGACUACCGUAAAACGAAUUUGAAGCAUGGGCAAACGGUGAUAUAUUUUGAGAUAUUUCGAUUUGCAUUACAUUUUAUUUACAGUGUACAAAUUCAUUUAUUCAAAUUAUUUUAUUGAUAUAAUGUAGAUUGAACCUUUUUAUUAAAUUUACUUGGUUUUAGAGGCAUCAGUUCACAGUAAUCCUUUACAGUUCAGAAUUUUCAACUCUCUAGUUUAUCAUAGUGUGUUAUUUAUUGUAUUGUAAACAAUAAAGGGAAUAGUUAAGUUAGUGUACCGUACUUAAUUAUGGCUCCUUAUCCCCUUCUGAGUGAUAUCUUUCCUUGAAAUUACAAAAGCAAAGCCUUAAACUUGUCCACGAUGACGUAUGCUUAGAUUAACGCUCCCAUUUUUGUUUUUGGGCUCGCAAGUUUCGGAUGGUAAGAGAGGCAAAUAAUUUAAAGCCUUAAUGAUGAGAGGCUGCCCCUUAGCGUACGUAAGGAAGGCAGCUCCCUGCGUACAGUCACUGAGCAUGCGCAUUAGUUCGAUAAUAACUCACCAUGUCCUUUGACCGUAAGGGGAAUAUGUGAUUUUGCUGAAAUGCUUUGAAAGUCAAAAGCAAAUGACUGUGAAUUAGUAAAGUGUGAAAUAGAAACGAACCACGUGUCCAAAAUGAAUCAUAACACUCUGCAUGGGCAAAAUUGAUUGAGCAUAAAGCAUGUUGUUUUCAGUGUUUUAUACAUGUAAAUUUAUAUUUGAAUUUUGUUUUAGAUGGCUAGUGGAGUUAGAGAGUUGUGUGUAAUAAAUGUAUCGCGUUUGAAGAGCAUUUUUAAUAUUUGUUAUAAACUGGCAAUAUUGGUUUAAACUGGGAUACACUUAACUGAGCAUUUUCCUAAAACCUUCUAGAAAAACAAGUUCUUUAAAAUUUAGAGGAAAGGUAUCUUGCGGAAAUUUAUUUUCUUUCAGGGUAACUGGCAGCGGUUUUGGUAAGAAUGGCCAAUUACGUUUUGAUACCACCGGCAUUAUUUCACUAGCUGUUGUAUGCUUCCAGGGCAUUGUUUUUGAAGACCUUGCUUUCCCAUCAGAUUCAUCUAAAACUUCUCCCCAUAAUCACACAUGCCAUUACUAAACAACUUUUUUUGGCUCUAGGAAAGCCUAUCUUCCUACCAAGACAAACUGCAGGCAAGUUUACUAUUACAAUGAAUAUUCAUAGUAUCUUGCAUAAUCAUACAUUUCGUUUUUGCAUAGUUUUGAAAAAUCAGAAAAAUAACUCUUUUCCAUUAAUGCUUGAAAUGGACUUUUGGAAAGACAUCCAAUUGGUCUAGGACUAGUCAAUAUAAAUCUUAUUGUGAAAAAAAAGUAUUUUGAGCAUAUCCAGUCUAGGCAACUGCCCAGGCCUUGCCAUUUGAGGAGAGCCAUAGCUCUUGCUCCCCUCCAGGCUCUCCUCAAACGCUGGAGGGGAGCUAGAGAUUGCUCUCCUAAAUUGUACUAAAAAGCAAAUUUGCUCUUCUUGAAAUCAAUUUUUCCUUUGUUUUUAUUCUUAUAGCUCACCUGAAUACUUCUAGGAGAGUUGUUUACUGCUCCCCUGUUAAAAGUCUUAAGACCAGACCUGCAACUGCCCUUUUUUGUCAAUACAUUAAAAAAUUAUUUUCAAACUUUAGUUUUUACCAGACUUGCACAUUUAUUUUCAAAUACUUGGUAUAGCUGGAAUAUGAAGAUUUCAUUUUGAAAAAUGAGAAAAACAUAUAUUGUCUCUCCUGCUAUCCCAAAAUUUCCUUUGGACAGUCUUUUAUCAAUUUAUUUGUUUUUGUGUACAACAAUGCACUCUAAACAUAAAAUCAUAUUCCAGAUGUGUGUGCAUUGUUAGAAACAAUAAGAAAACACCACUGUUUGGAUGAGGAGUUUUAUAAUAUUCAAAAUAUUUAUCAGAAGUCUCAUUCAAGUCUAUUCUGAUUCCUUCUGUUUUUGGGUAAUUUGAGCACCACGUAUACGACCAGUACGUCUUGCAGCAAUGAGACCAACUUUGCGACCUGCAGGUGUGUCUCUCCUUACAGUUGAUGGGAAACCAAUAUGCUGAUGGUUACCACCACCAUGAGGAUGCUCCACAGGCUGUAAAAUACGGAUGUAAAAUACAGAUAAAAGAAUAAACACUUUCCCUAGAUAAAUAAUCAAUAGUCUUGGGAAACCAUCAACAGAUGAUUACAUCGUAUAUGAUUAGAAGAAGAAUGAUUACCAACAAUUUAUCACCCUAUAAACAGCAGAAAUCAUCUAUGCUACUAGCAUGUAACUCAAGCUGGUGGUUAAGUUCUCACUAAUGGCUACCUUUAAGCCUGAAAAUCCAUCCAUUACAUCCAUGUUCUGGACCCCUUAGUUUCUUAUAUUUGAGCCUUGUUUAUUUUAGGAGACAGCAAGGUGUAUACCACUAAGCUUGUUGCAUCACAAGGUAGCACAUAAAGAACAGAACAGUCAAAAAUUAUUUAGAGAAGAAUAUUUUCAUUUAAUUGUCAUAGCAUCAGUAAGAAUGUAUUUUUCUUUUUUAAGAAACUAGUGUUGUGACUAUACUCCUUCUGUUUUCAGUUUAAAAAGGCAGGUACCAACUUAAAGCUAUUCGCCAAUUAAUUGUCAUGUGGGAAAUUUUCCACCCACUCUCUUUCAUUAUGACUUCCGUCAUUUUGGGACUUGUGAUUAAGUUGCCUUUCCAAAUUGCAAAAACAAAGGUUGUGGCAAUUGUUUAUAUAUUAAGUAAAUUUUUAACUUAACUUGGCAAAGUAAUAAAAUUAUGUGCAUUAUUUGCAAAACUGAAUGUUGAACCAUGAGUAGGAAUCAAAGAAUAACUUACAUUCAUAGCAACACCACGAACUCUAGGCCAACAGUUUCGCUUAGCCUUGUAUUUGUGGUAAGCCCGUCCUGCCUUCAUUAUUGGUUUGUCAACACGACCACCACCAGCAACAAUACCAAUCAUGGCCCUGUUAAAUGAUGGGACUGACUUUUUAAUUCCUGAUGGAAGCUUGAUUCUAGUGAUUCUUGCAUCUGGGUUGUGAGCUACAACGGUGGCAUAUCCUCCUGAUGCACGGGCAAUUUUUCCUCUGUCUCCACUCUUUUCCUCUACAUUACAGAUAAUUGUACCCUCUGGCAAAGCACUUAAUGGUAGACAAUUGCCAAUGGAAAGUGUAGCUGAAAGAUUAAUGACAACAAAUUAUAUUGUCUUGAAUAUAACUUUAAUGGCAUGAAUAUUGAUAAACCAAAGCAUGACUUGCAUUUCUCCUGUCCAAAAUACGAUAUGAAGUAAAUAAGGGCCAAGAACUUACCUUUUUUUCCACAAUACACAAACUGUCCAGUAUGCAUUCCUUCUGUUGCAAUAAACAGUUCCUUCCUUAGUUUAUACUUGUAUGGGUCUCUGAAGACAACAACUGCAAGAGGUGCACCACGUCCUGGGUCAUGAAUGAUAUCCUUUACGACACCUUUCAAGUACCCAUGUCUCUCUGAGUAGUCAAGAGCUCUUAGUUUGGCUGCUCCUUUUCUGUGUUUGGUAUGUGAUUUGAAGAUGCUUCCAGCACCUUUCCUCUGACCUCUGAUUACCCUGCCCA